UGCUGAUAACAAUCCGAUAAGACCUCUUUACUCACCACGCUAGCCUCGUUAAGCCAACACAUGACGAUCUCAGUCCUCGUCGUCUGCCUCGGCAACAUCUGCCGCUCUCCCAUGGGAGAAGCCGUGCUCCGCAACGAAGCCCUCAAGCGCGGCAUCACCAAUAUCCACGUCGACAGCGCUGGCACAGCUGCUGCACAUAUCGGGGAAGAUCCUGACGAACGGACUAUCGAAGUAUGCGGCACGAAAAGCGUUCCUAUAUCCCACUCUGCGCGACAAGUCCGCGCGUCCGAUUUCACGUCUUUUGACUAUAUACUCGCAGCUGAUGGGUCUAAUCUCCGCGCGCUGGAACGGCAUGUGGGUCGUAGGGAGGGAUCGAAAGCGGUAGUGAGGCUUUGGGGCUCUUACCUCCCGGAUAACAAGCCGAUUCAGGACCCGUAUUAUGGGGGACUGGAUGGGUUCACAGAGGUCUACGAGCAGUGCGUGAAGCUUUCAAACGCGUUUUUGGACGAGGUCGCUGGGAAGAAGAGUUAUGGGGACAAUUCAACGGAUGGGACUCGUUGUCAUAGAGCAGGAAUGGAAGAUACCCCAUAAUACCUGUUUUUUUGGUAUGCUCAAGUUUGGAAUAUCUGAAAUUAUUAUGGAGCGCUUCGUCUUCCAAGCGCUAGCCUGAUGCCGACUUCUCCGGUUUUUGUCAAACAUUAUUAUGCGAUCUUUGAUUUCGGGAAGGCUUCUUGUCUUCUUCAUCAAUCGGAAUCGAGAUCUUCGUCUUCGCCAUGAUGGGGUGAUUUCCAACCAGUGCAUUUGAGUUCAGAACGCAUCCCCCAGUAUUAUACAGUGGCGCUAGUCUUACCCUUCUUCACCGAGGACUGUACCCUGUAAGGGUCACGGGAGAUCAAAAUCGGGCCAGCUA